AUGAGUGAUUUCAUGAGAAUUGAUUUAUCCAAUUUUGAUAACAGAAAAGAAGAAAUUGCACAAGAUCUGAUGAAGGCUGCUUCUGAGCAUGGUUUCUUUUAUGUGGUUAAUCAUGAUAUUUCAGUACAAGAUAUCACUACCAUGUUUGAAUCUAGUCAUUCCUUUUUCGAAUUGCCUGAUAAGAUCAAAGAAAACUACCCUAUGGAUUACCCAAGAAAUGCUGGAUGGGAAAAACUCUCACAGAUUCGCCCAUCCACUGGUGUAGCCGACUUGAAAGAAUCUUUGCAAUUGUCAUUCCACAAUGCAUCCGAUUUAAGACCUACUGAAGAGCAUGUUCCUGGAUUUGAUAAGGCGGCAGAUCUCUUUAUGGAACAAUGCAACAACGUAUCUCAACAAUUAUUGAUUUGCUUUGCUAUUGGGCUUGGCUUCCCUCAAGACUUUUUCACAAGAUGCCAUGAUAUCACUCAACCUGAUUGUCUCAAUUCAUUGCGUUGCAUGCGUUACUUUGAACACAAGAACCAAAAGCAACAAACAAAGUCAUCCAACAUUGGUGCUUGUCGUGUUGGUGCUCAUACUGAUAUCAAUACGUUCUCAUUGUUAUUUCAGCAGCCUGGUCAAGAUGGUCUUGAAGUCUUUCAUGACAAUGUCUGGACACCCAUUUCUCCUAGACAGGGUGAAAUCGUUUGCAAUGUUGGUGACAUGAUCGUUCGCUGGUCUGACGAUCGUCUCCAGAGUAAAUUGCAUCGUGUCAGAAACCCCAACAGCGAGCAAGAAUAUCAGGGCCCUCGCUAUGCGCUAGAGUACAUCAAUGAAGCCAACAGAUCUGUCAUUAUCCAAGGUCGUACCAAGUACACUCAACCCAUCACAGCUGGCGAAUUCUUGAUGAUGGCCAUGGAGAAGAAUUACAAGAAGGCUCUCUUGGAUCAAAACAUCACCAUUGCUGGCCCUAUUACAUCUGUGCCCUUGGUCCAAACCUUGAAUGCCAGUGCUGCUCCAAACGCUACCACUGCAUCCCCAGCAUCCACAACCUCCAGCACUUCAGAAGAAAAGGCUCCCAUGACACCGCCUGUGCUCGUUACAGUCUAA